CGAAAUCAGGAUAUUGACAAUCUGAUCAAAGCAACAUACAAGAAUCAACAUAAAUUUAUAUUAGAAUGGAUAUCAUUUAACGAUUUUACAGAUAUAACCAAGAUUGGAACUGGUGGUUUUAGCGAAAUUUAUACUGCUAUAUGGACAAAAGGAGAAAUAACAGGUUGGAAUACAACAAAAAAUGAAGUUAAUAGAAGUGAAAAUCUAACGAUUGUUUUAAAAGUUCUUAAAGACUCCCAAAACAUUAAUUCGGCAUUCUUAAAAGAGUUACAAAAUAUUGUUAAAAGUCAGCCUAACACCUAUGGACGCAACCUUAUUAAAUGUUAUGGAGUGUCACAAGAUCCAAAAACAAAUGAUUAUAUUUUUGUUAUGCCUUAUAUGUCUAAUGGAAGUCUAAAUGAUUAUUUAUCAAAUAAUUUUAAGGAUAUUACUUGGAAAAUGAAACGAGACUUUCUUAGAAAUAUUGUUACAGGCAUUAAAUGGAUUCAUGAAAAUAAAAUUAUACACCGUGAUAUACACGAUGGAAAUAUAUUAAUAGGUAAAUUGACAAUGACUGGAUCUGCCCCUACUCUUUUAAUUGCUGAUUUAGGAUUUAGUCGACCAGCUAAAGAUGACCUGGAAAAAGCUGAAAAUAAACGAAAAGAAUUACUUAAGUCCGGACAAUUUAUAGCCAAAUAUAUGCAUCCUUGUUCUAAAACGCACAGUAAAUUAUUGAAUCCUACUAUAGAUUCUGUGCUUUCGGUUUUAUUUCAAACUUCUAGAUCUUUUGCAUCAAGUUCUAUAGAUUCUUUUCAAAACGUUAGCAGCUAUUCAUUUAAUACUGUAUUAUGUAAUCCUGAAUUCCUUAAAAAUGCUGACAAUCUAAAUUCAACGGCAAACCCAUCAAAUUUAAGAAAACACACUAUUGAAGACAACAAUAAGGAUC